AUGUUAUCAUAUGUAAUGUCAGGGAGAAGUGACUCUAACGAUAGUUGUUGUUAUUCAAAUGACAGGUUUAUAUUCCCUGAAUACUAUUGUUCAUAUCCAGUUUAUAAAACAGAAUAUGUAAAAUAUUGUGAACCAUCAGAAUUAUUCCAGGGUGUUAACUAUAUUAGAGAAGAAGAUCUUAGAGAACUUAUAAGAGAAAUAAGAGAAAUUAUCAAUCUUAAGAGAAAUGAUAUAGAACAUCAACAUCAAAAAUAUUUUACAAGCAUGGUAGAGGAAAUGAAUGAAAUGAUUACCAGGGAAAUGGCCAUGUUAAAUGAGGAACUAAGAGAAGAAGAUGAUCAGCUGGGUAUAGAAAUUUCUCGUAAUGCUUGUAACUUUCGCACGAGAUUAGAAAACUUACAUAAAAAUGAGUUUUUUAAAACUAAAGCAAAAAUAUUCAAUUCAUUUAAGAAUUUUAAUAGUCAGGAAAUGAUUGAGAAAAUUAAAGAAAAUGAAGCUGCAGAAAAAGAACCAUUGACUUCUCUUCAAUUACUAGGACCUUUGGCUAAUCAAGUAAACCAAAUUUAUGAAGAAACUGAAAAUGCAGAACAAUCUGCUAUUAAAAGUAUAUUCAAACAACUUGUAGAUAUAAUUAGACCACUGGUAGAAGAAUAUCAAGAAGAUAAACACCAUAUUAUACUUAAAACACUAGCAAGACUCAUAUCAGGUAUUAGGCACAUAACAGAUUGUUAUAAGAGAAAGCUCCUAAAAAAUCAGAUAGACGAUGAUUCCGAUUGCAAUGAUAAAAUUCAUAGUGUAUUGGAAAAAUAUAAUAGAGAACUAGAAAGAAAGUUAUAUGAGUACUUCAUUUAUUACUGUAAGAUGGAUUGUUCUAAUUGA